UUUUGAAGUUCUUGAUUCCUUUCUAAAAUGUCUGAAUUACUGAAGUUGUCAAAGUUUCAGAUUUCUCCCUUUCCGUCCAUCUAUACCCCAGAACCAGGUUCCCUCUUGGGCACGGAUUAUGUGUGGGUGAGGAGGAAGAUGGUUCAGAUUGAUAAAGCAAUACCCCUGGGAAAAAGACGAUUAACAUGUAGAAAGGGAUUUCCCUGCAGUAUAAAUACCAGCACGCGCCCUCCUGGUUGCUUCAGAGCCUUCCUGAUGUAUAUAUGCAGGUAGUGAGAUUUGAAACGGCCCUUUGAAACUGUAAUAUAAUCAAACUGAUUUGGGGAGCAGCAGUUCUCCUCCUUUUUCUACUCUCUUGUGGGAAUGAGUUGCCAACCUUUUACUUCGGCUGAUACCUUUAUACCUCUGAAUUCCGAGUCUUCUGCAACUCUGCCUCUGAUAAUGCAUCACAGUGCUGCCGAGUGCCUCCCGGUCUCCAACCACGCCACCAAUGUGAUGUCUACAGUCCCGUCUAUUUUGUCUUUGAUCCAAACUCCUAAAUGUUUGUGUGCAUAUUUCCUGGUGACAUCGUUGGGAAACACAGCAACAGGACUUCAUUAUUCUGUUCCUUCCUGUCAUUAUGGAAACCAGCCAUCGACCUAUGGAGUGAUGGCAGGUAGCUUAACCCCUUGUCUUUACAAGUUUCCUGACCACACCUUGAGUCAUGGCUUUCCUCCCAUGCACCAGCCUCUUCUGGCAGAAGACCCCACCGUCACUGAUUUCAAGCAGGAACUCAGGCGGAAAAGUAAAUUGAUUGAAGAGCCCAUAGACAUGGAUUCUCCGGAAAUCCGAGAACUUGAGAAGUUUGCCAAUGAAUUUAAAGUGAGAAGAAUUAAGUUAGGAUACACCCAAACGAAUGUUGGGGAAGCCCUGGCAGCUGUGCAUGGCUCAGAAUUCAGUCAAACGACUAUCUGCCGAUUUGAAAACCUGCAGCUCAGCUUUAAAAAUGCAUGCAAACUAAAAGCAAUAUUAUCAAAAUGGCUGGAGGAAGCAGAGCAAGUCGGAGCUUUAUACAAUGAAAAAGUGGGAGCAAAUGAAAGGAAAAGGAAGCGAAGAACAACUAUAAGUAUCGCUGCUAAAGAUGCUCUGGAGAGACACUUUGGAGAACAGAAUAAACCUUCCUCUCAAGAGAUCAUGCGAAUGGCUGAAGAACUGAAUCUUGAGAAAGAAGUAGUAAGAGUUUGGUUUUGCAAUAGAAGGCAGAGAGAAAAACGGGUGAAAACAAGUCUGAAUCAGAGUUUAUUUACUAUUUCUAAGGAGCACCUUGAAUGCAGAUAA